AACCUGGUAAUGGCAAGCCGUUGACAUGAGGUGCGCAGCGUGAAGCAUCAUCCCCACCGUCUAAAGUUACUGUGAAGCGAAUCAGGGUGAACGUAGGAGCCAGAGUGGCGGACUCAUCUGCCUGCCCGGUACCUUUUUACAGGUUCUCUUCUUUGUAGAGAGAGAGAGAGAGAAUGGAAGGACAAGCAGUUGCAAAGCUUCGGUGCCAGCGAAUCGGCUGCGACGCCAUGUUCACCGUGGAUGAUAAUCCUGAAGGCUCUUGUCGGUACCAUGAUUUGGGACCUAUAUUUCAUGAUGGGAUGAAAGAGUGGAGUUGUUGCAAGAAAAGAAGUCACGAUUUCAGCCUAUUUUUAGAAAUCCCAGGAUGUAAGACAGGUAGACACACCACUGAGAAACCAGUGUUCACAAAAGCAGCUGCUACUCCAAGGACACCGACCUCUGUUCCUACAUCAGCUACUGCCACUAAUUCUUUGUCAAAAGAAUCAUGUUCUAGGUGCCGCCAGGGUUUCUUUUGCUCAGAUCACGGUUCACAGGCCAAAGGACUGAACUCACAGCCAACAAAUGCAGCCACCAAUGUACCAGCAGAAGGCAGUGGAGAUGUUAAGCCAUCAGUUGCACCAGUGAGAAAGAUAAUUGAUAUAAACCAGCCUCAGAUUUGCAAAAAUAAAGGUUGUGGAAAAACUUUUAAGGAAAAAGAAAAUCAUGAAACUGCAUGCAGUUACCAUCCUGGGCCAGCUGUAUUCCAUGAUAGAGUGAGAGGGUGGAAAUGUUGCGAUGUUCAUGUGAAAGAAUUUGAUGAAUUCAUGAGCAUUCCCCCAUGUUCCAAGGGAUGGCACAAUGCUGAUCCAGUGUCCUAAGAAGUGGAUGCAAGAUAAAAUCUCAGCUCUCUUUUUCAAUUGUCACUCCUAUCGGAAUUUGGAACUGUGAAUUUGAAACAGUUUUGUUUGGAUAUUUUCU